AUGGCGACGACUGAUUCGGCUGUUCAAGACCCUCUCCUGUCGCUUCGGCGCGCGAUUGCUGCAGGUAGCCUCCCAACGCCGACGACCUCCUCCGAGCUGUCAGACCAGCAUGCGACAGACAACCUCGCCCAGGCCUCACACCUCUUCUUCUCCCAACCAUCUCCUCACACAUUUCCUUUGACUGAGCCCACGCGCUUUGUCUCGAACACCACAGAAACCGCCGUCGAUCUCCGCAGUAUCUUCUUCGCGUGGCAGAAGAAGGAUGUCGCGAUUCCAGAGUACAUUGCCUCUGCGCAAGAGCUGAACGAGGCGCUCAAGCAGAAGGAGCCGCAAGAAGGGGGCAAGGAAGAAGUGGUUCAGAACCUCGUUUUCGUCGAGCGUCUCGACCUUAUCACCUGGCUGGAGGGUGCUUCCGACGAAAGCGAGCACAUCAAGCCUCUCGAGGGUGCAGCUGCCGCUGCCGAGGCCGCUGCUGUAGCUGCAGGCCAGGCCCAGGCAGAGGCUGCCGCCGGUGUAGCCUCUGGGGCCGUUGGAGGCAUUUCGACAGUGCCCAGCGGAGCUGCUGGAGCACCUGGCCAGGCAGGUCGCCCACAGAAACAGAUUGAUCCUCGCCUGCAGGAGAUCUACAAUGGGGAGCGCAAGACGGGGGACCGUAAUACAUUGCUUCGAGGAAUCAAGCCAACAGACUUCUCCCACGUCCGUAAAAGUGCUGCCAUCUUUUUCGACCGCAGCCGUGACCGUGCCGGUCAGCCCGCGAAACCCGGCGUCAAGCCCUCAUCAAUGGUCCCCGCACCCUCUGCCGGCCUGCCCAUGCCAUCCCGCAAAUCCAGCUCUCGCCCCGAUCCCAUCAUUCUCCUCUCGCCCUCCGCCUCCUCUCUCAUCCGCAUGUCGAACAUCAAGUCCUUCCUACAAGACGGUGUCUUCGUGCCUCCAGAUCACCCAACCUUGAGCAUGUCCACCGAGGCCAACUUCAUGGAACUCAAGCGGCCGCUGCGUCUUAAGAACGACCCCUCCAAUCCUUCCGCCAAUGCCAUCGGCUCGGCCGCCGGCGGCCGCGGCCCCAAGCCUACCAAAUUCAUUCUCGUUGACGGCACAACCAACUUCAAGCCGGAGUACUGGUCACGUCUCGUGGCUGUCUUUACUACCGGACAAACCUGGCAGUUUAAGUCGUACAAGUGGUCUUCACCACCAGAACUCUUCAAGCAUGCUACCGGUAUCUAUGUUGGCUGGCGUGGCGAGGAUGUCCCAUCUACAGUUAAGGGCUGGGGUCGUGGAGUAAAUUCCUUUGCUGUUGAACGAUGGGAUGAGAAAGGUGGUAUCAACGGUGGUGGCCGCUGGCGGGAUCGGGAAGUUGUCGAGGGAAUUUGGACCGCGAUCGAGGAAGGCAUGAGACUCCGAGGAUGGGGAUCAAAAUAG